AUGAUAGAAACAGAGCAGAACGACUCUGAAAAAAAAAGGUUCUUUAAGGAUGAGCUAGAAUCCUCACAGGAAACUCAGUUAAUAUUCGAUAAAUCAUUGGAAAAUAAAUCUUCCUUCUUAUUCGCUGAUCAUUCUGUUGAGGAUGUACCAAAGUCACAAGCAGAAUCAGUCAUUCCAGAAGGAAAUGUCACGAUGCAGGUAUUCUGUACUGAGCUUAAAAGUAUAAUCCCAGAGAUGAGUGAUAAUAUCUGUGAAGAACUGUAUAAUAAAUUUAGGGACUCACAAGAUCGAUUAUCUAAUGCUAUAACAUAUUACUUUGAGCAUUACAACAAUGAAAAAAAAGAUAUGUUUGACCAGACGCCGUCUUCACCAGCACCUGCUGCAUCAAGCUCUUCAUCGGGCACACCUUCAUCACAAUGGUUGUUCACACAAUCGAAGAGAAGGAAAACUUAUGGUGAAAGAAAUAUAGAAAGAUUGAAACCAAAUAUUAGGUGGAAGCGCUUUAUUGGCGCACUCCAAGUAACAGCCAUGGCAACAAGACCAACGAUUAGACCGUUAAAAUAUGGUACAGAGCUUAAGUUAUUGAAGACUUCUUCUUCACCCAAAAUUUACGACACAACUGGCAGGAAAAAAAGUACAAUGGCAAAUUAUGUUAGAGUUUUUGAUAAUAAAGAAAGUAGAGAACUUGGAAGAUUUUCCGAAGACAUCGCCCAAACCAUAUAUCCCCUCUUGGAUACUGAUGAAAUCAGUUUCGAAGUAACAAUGGUAUACUGUGGAAAUAAAAGAUUAAGCAUUGGUGAUAAUUUCAUUUUACAAGUCGAUUGUUUUUUAUCGUCCCUUUUAUUUGACUCUUCGAAGAAUGGAUACGCCCCAGAUGUAAAUCAUGACUUUCAUAGGAGAUCAUGGGAAAAUUCUAAGAAAGGUAUAGUGGAAACGGAAGAAGAAUUACAAAGGCGAUCCAGAACAACGGCGCUUAUAUCUUUGUUCGAUAAACUCAGUCUUAGACCAAUUCUGAAAGAAGCUGAAGAUACUGAGAAAAUAAAUAAGUCUUUUACUAACGAUACAGAAGUGAUAGAUUUGGAAGAUGACGAAACUCUUGACAGAAUAAUGUCACAAGACUCUGAAGCUUUGGAAGCAACAACUCACAAUGAAGAUUCAAUGAACUUGAAUCAACUUAAAAAUUUCUAUAACAUAACGCAAUCUUCCGAUUCACUCAAAAUUUUACCUGAAACAGAACCUUCAAAAGAUGUAUUCAAACUUGAGCUAAGAAAAUACCAGAAGCAAGGGCUUACAUGGAUGCUUCGAAGGGAACACGAGUUCGAAAAGGCUGCCGGUGAUGACAAGGAGAUAGAUAGCAACAUGAUGAAUCCUUUGUGGAGACAGUUUAUGUGGCCUAAAAAUAUGUCUUGGACCGCUCAGAAAUUAGAAGAUCAUUGUGAAGAUCUGUCUGAGGAUAUUUUCUUUUAUGCCAAUUUACAUACAGGCGAGUUUUCUUUUGAGAAACCAAUCUUGAAGACAAUGACAAGAGGCGGUAUACUCUCAGAUGAAAUGGGUCUCGGUAAAACUAUUUCCACUUUGGCACUGAUUUCCACUGUACCUUAUGAUUCUGAAGCAAUAGGCAAAAAGUUGUUCAAAACAGAAACGGCUCUUUCUGACACCGAUGAAACUUUCAAAAGAAGGCCCUAUGCUUCAAAAACUUCCCUAGUUGUGGUCCCAAUGUCACUUUUAAACCAAUGGAGCGAUGAGUUUCAAAAGGCCAAUGCCUCUUCGACCAUGUAUUCUGAGGUCUAUUACGGUGGAAACGUUACCAAUCUUAAGAAGCUACUAACACAGGUGAAAAAUCCACCAACUAUUGUCUUCACCACCUAUGGAAUUGUUCAGAACGAAUGGAGUAAGCUUUUGAAGGAGCAUAAAGAUAAAGACAUGUCAGAACCUACCACAGGCCUGUUCUCGUUAGACUUUUAUAGAAUUGUCAUAGAUGAAGGUCACAUAAUAAGAAACAGAAGUGCUGCGACAUCAAAGGCUAUUAUGAAUUUAUCAAGCAAAUGUAGAUGGGUUCUUACUGGGACACCGAUAAUCAAUAGAUUGGAUGACUUAUAUAGUCUUGUGAAGUUUUUGGCAUUGGAACCUUGGUCACAAAUAGGGUAUUGGAAAGCAUUUGUGUCUACCCCAUUUGAGAACAAAAACUAUAAGCAAGCCUUUGACGUGGUAAAUGCAAUUCUCGAGCCUGUUUUACUCCGGAGAACUAAACAAAUGAAAGAUACGAAUGGUAAACCCUUAGUCGAACUGCCACCAAAGGAAAUAAGAGUUGAGAAGCUGAAAUUAAAUAAAUCUCAAGAGGGAGUUUAUAAACUGCUUCUAGACAGGGCAGAAAGCUCAGUGAGAUCCGGUCUUGCUAGAGGUGAUCUAUUGAAGAAAUAUUCUACAAUUUUGGUCCAUAUUUUAAGACUAAGGCAAGUGUGCUGUGAUGUCCGAUUAAUAGGAACACAAGAUGAAAAUGAUGAAGAUUUACUAAAUAGCAACUCUUUCUUUUCUCAAGCAUCGGAUAAUGACAUAAUGCUCAAGGAUGCCCUUUCUGAAUCAUACGAAUGUAAUUUUACUCAGGAAGAUCUGGAUGCUGCUAUUUCCAGGUUACAAGAAAAAUAUACUAAGAAAGAGCAAUUGAAAUCAUUAGAAUGCUCUAUCUGUACAACAGAACCUAUUAAAUUUGAAAAACUCAUAUUUUUAGAAUGCGGUCAUCCUUAUUGUGAAGGUUGUUUGGCGGAAUACUUCGAAUAUCAAAAGCAAAAAAAGUUGAAUUCAAAAUGUCCAAACUGCCGUUUAACCAUCUCGAGUAAUCGUUUACUGACGGUGGACAGGAAUGGCAUUUCUGAUAACAUAACUUUCAUUCAGUAUAAUAACAACCCCAAAUCAGCAAAAAUCGCCGCACUUUUGAGGCAUCUGCAACAACUACAAGACUCUUCAUCUGGCGAACAUGUUGUUGUAUUUUCACAAUUCUCAUCUUACUUGGAUAUUUUAGAACGUGAAUUAAGUGAAUUUCUGCCGGCCAAAACAACAAAGAUUUACAAAUUCGAUGGUCGUUUAAGUUUGAAGGAACGUAGCACCAUCUUAAGUGAUUUCCAAGUAAAGGAUUUCGCCAAGCAAAAAAUUCUUUUGUUAUCUCUAAAGGCUGGUGGUGUUGGUCUAAAUCUCACAUGCGCAUCUCAUGCAUUUAUGAUGGAUCCAUGGUGGUCACCUAGUAUGGAAGAUCAAGCUAUUGAUAGAAUCCAUAGAAUUGGCCAACAAAAUAGUGUGAAUGUAACGAGAUUCAUUAUCGAAAAUUCAAUAGAGGAGAAAAUGCUGCGUAUACAAGAGAGAAAAAGGACUAUCGGCGAAGCAAUGGACGCUGACGAGGACGAAAGGCGGAAGAGAAGAAUCGAAGAAAUCAAAAUGCUUUUUGAAUGA